GACACCAUCACCUCUCAUGCAGUUUCGCAAAUCAAGCCGUGCAUGAUUUCCACAGCGGGUCUCUCUUCGUUAUUCCCAUGCAAGGUCGCGAGCUUCCCGAUCCUAUGGACGUGAGUGACGAUGAUUGAUCUGCAUGAGCUUCUGUGGGGCUUCUCGAUUGUCUCGCUCGUGCUCUUCUCAAUCCAAAGGCUCCGGAGCCUGAUGAUGUCGGUUGCCGUCGGGCACGAUCCUUUGGCGUUCUCGCCGUCUCCCCGUCCCCUGUCAACGUUGGCCAAGGUUCUCACGGGGCGGAGAGGGCUGUCCCCGGUUUCUCCGAGCUUCCUGCCCGAAACCGUAGAAAGCCUACCUUCCGCAAAGGGAGAGAUAUCAAUCCUUGGCAACAGGAGCGCCGAUAGAGAAGGCCAAACCUCCGGCACCAAAUUGGACGAUUCACACGACGAAUCAUGUCCAGCGAAAUAUGAUAAUUUGUUCGCGGAUGAGCGGUGUAGAGAGGUGCGUGAAAAAGGUUUGCACGAUGAACGUCCACACGAGAUUAAUUCUGAGGCCAUGUCAGAUGUCCCAGCUUCAUCGGCGAAGAAAGUGAUUGCCAGCGAAAAGGCAAGUGCUAACAUGCUCAGGAAGAGGCCUGCGAGGCUUAUUUUGCCGGAGAAUUUCCCGGUUCUCGAAUUCGGCUGUGAAAGGUUGAAGAAGAGAGAGAACAAGGAGUUUGAGGUUGAGGGAAGAGAUUACUGUUUGGUUAGCAAGAGAGGGAAGAGAGACGUGAUGGAGGAUAGCUAUGGAGUCAUGGUCGAUGUCGCCGGAGAUCCCAAGCAGGCAUUUUUCGCUGUGAUAGACGGACACGGAGGCCGAACCGCGGCUGAUUACGUCGCCGAAAACCUAGGAAACAACAUCCUCAGAGAAGCCGAAACCGUGGGAAAGGAAAGAGGUUCUCCAGAAGAGGCCAUUCGCGAGGGCUACUUGGUCACGGACAAGGAGUUUCUUAGUCAGGGUGUAGCUAGUGGAGCUUGUGCAGCUAGUGUGCUGCUGAAGGAUGGGCGUUUCCACGUAGCAAAUGUAGGUGAUUGUAGAGUAGUCCUGUGUAGGAACGGAGUAGCCAACGCAUUGACCAGAGACCACCGGGUUAGCCGAGAAGACGAGCGCCUCCGCAUCGAGAACUCGGGUGGCUUCGUACAUAGCCGCAACGGGGUGUGGAGAGUUCAUGGUUCUCUAACAAUUUCUAGAGCGAUCGGGGACUUGCAUUUGAAAGAAUGGGUAAUUUCCGAGCCGGAGAUUAAGACGUGCCGGAUAACACCGGAUUGCAAGUUCCUCAUCAUGGCUUCGGAUGGAUUGUGGGACAAGGUCAGUGAUCAAGGGGCAGUUGAUUUGGUGUCCAAACAGGGCAACUUGCAAGAAUCUUGUAAGAAGCUCGUGGAAUUAGCUUGUUCCAAGGGCAGCAUGGAUGACAUAACUGUGAUGCUCAUCAAUCUUCAGAACUUCUGCUCCUGAUGGCUGCUUUCUGCACAAAUUAAAAUGUCGAAUCCGCGCCAAGCUGGAGGAUGCUAAAUCCCGAACAUGUCUUCAGCCCGGAAGGACCGGACAAAACGUCACGCACCUCUCGAGUCGCGGGAGCAAUACCCCUUGAUCAGUUCUGCAAGUGGCAGCGGGCUUUAAGUGUAUAUACCUGGAGUUCUAUACUUUGAAGAAUGCUAGAUCGCACUGCAAAUCAGGAGUAGAUUCACUCACAUGCCUUCCGCAGAGAACUUACAGAUGCAAAUUAAAGUGGAUUUCACAUUCCUUUCGUUACUUCAUUUGUUAUCAUUCUCUUGC